UUGUUUACUAUACUACUACUAUUGUGUUAAGUGCUUAUGGUUCACGUGCUCAUACCAAGAAUUUUAGUUAAACAAGGGCUUAUUUUGAUACUAUGGUUGAAUAUAUAGAGGGAAGAUGAAGGCAUUAGACGGAAGAAACAACGUUAAAGUGUACAACUUAAGUGCUGGGAAGUCGUUGCCGGAUUGGUUAACAGAGAGGAAAAGAAGACAGCUAACAAAAAGAGAUGUUGACAUUCGUCGUAGAAUAGAACUUCUGCAGGAUUUUUCCAUGCCCGAUAUCAGUAAUUGUAUUCGAAGUACACCGGAUGGUCGCUGCAUAAUAGCUACAGGAACAUACAAACCACGUGUAAGGUGUUACGAGGUGGCUGCGCUCUCGUUGAAGUUUGAAAGGGGGUUGGACUCUGAAGUUGUUCAGUUUGAUAUUCUUUCAGAUGACUUUAGUAAGUUGGUGUUUUUGCAAGAUGACCGAUACAUCGAGCUCCAUUACAAGGGUGGUAGAUGGUUUAGAACCCGUAUUCCUAAAUUUGGAAGAGAUUUAGCAUAUCAUUACCCAUCUUGCGACCUUUACAUUUGCGCAUCAGGGAGUGAAAUCUAUCGCCUAAACCUCAACCAAGGCCGUUUCUUGAAUUCACUUCAGACAGAUGCGCCCGGUGUGAAUAAGUGCGAGUUCAACAAAGUUCAUUAUCUAUUUGCGUGUGGGACUGAAGAUGGCAGAGUUGAGGCUUGGGACCCAAGGUCAAGGCAUAGGGUCGGAGUUCUGGACUGUGCGUUACAUAUGGCAUCAGAAAAUGUCCAAUCAAAUUGGUUUACUUCUAUAAAACAGCUAGGUGUGACAGCUUUAGCUUUCAAUGAUGCCUUGACCCUGGGUGUAGGCACCCAGACAGGAAAGAUAUUAAUUUAUGAUAUUCGGUCAGAUAAACCACUGCUGGUUAAAGAUCACUAUGAUGGGUUCCCAAUCAAUGAUCUGGAGUUUCACAAUGCAUCGGGAAAGGUGAUGUCCAUGUCACCGAAAGUGGUCAAGAUAUGGGACAAAGAAACUGGGGCUCCUCACACAAGCAUUGAAUCUACUGUUGACUUCAACGACCUAUGCGUUGUACCUAAUUCAGGAAUGCUUUUCUUAGCCACAGAGGAUACAAAGAUGCAGUCAUAUUUCUUACCAAGUCUUGGACCUGCUCCCAAGUGGUGUGGUCAUUUAGAUGCUCUCAUAGAAGAGUUAGAGGAGGAAGAAUCUGCUGCCCAAUAUGAUGAUUACAAGUUCGUUACUGAAGAGGAGCUUGUGCAACUCGGCCUUCAGGACCUAAUCGGUACAAAUGUGUUGCGUGCUGUGAUGCAUGGCUACUAUAUGGACAUUCGGCUGUAUAACAAAGCAAGGUUGAUUGCAAAUCCAUUCGAUUACGAAGAAUUUGUUCAGCGUAAAGUACGGCAGAAAAUUUUGCAGGAUAACACACGAGAAAUUAAAAAGAAGAAUCUUCCUAGCAUCAACAGCGAAUUGUACGAACGGCUGCUUGAGGAUAAAGCUUCAGUUUUUAAAAAGAAAAUGGAAUCUGCUAGUACACUUUUGCAAGAUGACAGAUUCAGUGAUUUGUUUGCUAAUCCAGAUUUCCACAUUGACAAAGAGUCUGAGGCAUUCAGAUUGGUAAACCCUACUCUUAGUAAAAUGGACAAGAAAAAGGCGCUGGAAAAGCAACACGAGGAGGAUGAGGAACUCGAAUACCUGAAAGCCAGGGAAGGUUUAGGUCAGUCAGAAAGUUCAGACUCUGAUUCAAUCUUUGGAGAAUCUGACGAUGAGAAAGAAACGAAAAAGAUGAAGAUGGUUCAAAAACAUGAAGAAAAGAUGAAGAAGAUUAAGAUGAAGAAAAAGAAACUGGAAGAGAAGUCAGCCAACACAUCGGUCAACCCACCCACAGAAAAGCCAAAAGAAGGAAGCACCAGUCGGCUACAGUUCGCUGAAGCAGACUCGCUCUCUGACCUCAAAGCUAAUAGAAAGAAGUUGAGCAAGAUGACAUUAGCAGAGCGACUCAAUAUAGAGGAUGAUAGCAGGAACGAUGUUACACACCACACGUUUGGAAGCAGGGAGAUGAGUUACAUGAUCAGGAAAGCUCCCAAAUUCGAGCGUCAGAGACAGGAAAAGGAACAGCACUACCAGGAGAGAAGACAGCUCCAGAGAUCAAGUGCCAAGCUCAAAGGAAAGUUCCGGAUAAAGGAGCCAUUGUAGAAUUGUUAGUUUGGUUUAGAAAAUAAAAAAAAAUUAAGAUUUU